AUGGCCUACAAGCGCACCCUUAACGACCGCACCCUCAACUCCCGCGUCUUCAAGACACACAUCACCUACCUGUCCGUUCAUAACCAUCGCGAGCCACAUCCAGCAGUACGCACAACAAAGAAGCGCGACCAGAAACUUCGCCGGAUAGACAUCCAACCCCCUCCCCUUACCGGUUCAAGCUCGAUGCACAAGCCCUUCGACGCUCGCUUCGCGCGACAUAAGUCCACCUGGCGGUCCAUAGCACAUGGCUUUGUGGAGCAGCAACAAGAAAAGUUGAAGAUUACGGAGGGAGACGAGAUGGAGUGUGAAUACGACACGAUGGACCAACUGGCCGCGUUCGAGGCGAGCGGUGGAGUGUUUGGUAGUCCACCAACCUCUGCCGCGUCAUCACCUUCGUCGUCUUCAAGCACCGAUAGUUUUGGAAGUUCGGCGUCGUCUUGGGGUACCGCGUCGACCUUCAGUGCGACUACCCUCGCCAGUUCGAUGGUGUCACAGCCCAGCGCGGCGGCCUUCAGGGCUGCUACAAGCAGCUCAAGCGCAGCCAACAGCAGUAUGUCCUCUCCAGAGAUCGACAUGGCCGACGCGCCAGACGUGUCUCCAAGCCAUGUCGCCGCCGCGCCCCCAGUUGUCACAGCUCCCACCCCCACACCACCACCCUCGCAGCCGCCACAGCCCGUGACCACGGCGCCCAUCGCCAAGGUCACCCCACCCCUAUUGCCAGGCUUAGGCUACCUACCAUCCAAACCCUUACCAACCGAAAAGGCGGCAGCCAAACCGCGCUUAAAAACCCCCUCUCCCCAACUACCCCCCAAAUCCGCAUCCAAACCCGACGUCGAACUAGGCAUGGGCUCUUUCUCCGCCUCAAAAAUAACCUCCUCCUCCACUCUCGUCUCCGCUUUCGCCAACCCCCAUUUCAAAACCUUCUUCGCCUCCGAAAUGAUCUCUCUUCAAACCCAUCUGCAGUCCAACAAGGAAAUUCGGGGCUCCCAUCUCGUCUAUCUUAACAGGUCGCUAAAGUGGGUCAUCGAUGCGGCGAAGGCAAAGUGGUUUAAUCCCGAUAUUGACUUUGAGAGCGAUGAUGUGGCGGAUUGGAGGGGGAAGUUGAAUGUUUUUAUGGAGGUUUUGGGGGGUGAGGUGGAUGGGGUUGCGAAGGAUACGAAGGAGAGGAUUGAGAAGGUGUUUGCGUUGUUUGCGGACGAGGAGGGGGUUAAUGGGGGGUUUGGGGAGGAGGCGGCAGCUUGA